UUCAAAAAUCACAGAUUAAAAUCAACAUGGUACCACUGCACGUGGUAGAUAACCCAUUAGUGUUGUCAUAAAGUUUUGAAACGCUUUUUUCUUUCCAUAACUCCAUUUAAUUUAUCACUAUAAUUACAAUAUUUAUCACAUAAAAUAUGCAGAAGGUAAAAAGAAAGAGCACCGAUACUGACCCUGUCUUGCCUAAGAAAAAGGCUAAAAAUUCUAAAACUGAUAAUGAUAGUAGCUCUCCGUUUAAUAAAAAUUAUAAUAAAAAUACACCUAAAUUAAUGAAGAAAAAUGCUGCAAAGGGUGAUGAAAAAGAUUCAAAUGUGGCGAAACGCCCUAAACAGUUUAAACAUCAAGGAAAAACUAAAGGAAAACCUGGUUUCAUAAAAGACAAUAAAAAUCCAAAAAAUCAGAGUAAAGGAGAGAAGCCAAAAUGGUCAGAAAUGAAAAAAGAAAAGAAACAACUUAGGAUUGUAAGGCGGAAAGCAAAAGCGACAGCUGAAGUGUUUGAAAUAUCACACAAAGCUAAAUUAUUGGCAGCCCAAAUACAGAGAAAAGUGGUAAAAUCAGAUUUCCGUGAAAACUCAUGUAAAGAGUUACAUUGUUUAUUGAAAGGACAAUAUAAAAACAUAGCCCUCACACAUGAUUUAAGUCGUGUAAUUCAAGUUCUCCUCAAACAUAGUCCUGAAGACAUUAAAACAGAGAUAACAGAAGAAUUGCUUGAUGUUAUGGUGCCCAUGGUUCAAUCAAAGUAUGGCCAGCAUGCUAUUAAGCGUAUUUUGAAGUAUGGCACGGACUUUAUCCGUCAUGAGGUUAUCAAGAAGUUCUUUGGUCACAUUGUUUCUCUGGCAGCUCACAGCAUAAGUGCGCCAGUGUUGGACUAUGCAUAUGGUGAAUUUGCUACAAAAAAAGAAAAAUUGCACAUGCAACAGGAAUUUUAUGGGGAGAUAUACAAAAAUUCUAAAGAUGAUAAAGUUAAAACACUAAGUGAUGCAUACAAAGACAGUCCAGAAAUGAAGAUAGCCAUAUUGCAGUCAUGUAAAGCGAACAUACAACGUAUUUUAGAUAAAAAUCUUCAUGACAGCGAAUUACUUCAUUCAGUGUUGUAUGAUUAUAUGUGUGAAUGUAAUCCAGAAGAACGCACGGAGUUGAUAACCACACUGAGUCCAUUAAUCGUACCACUUAGCAACUCCUUGCCAGGUGUCAACGCUGCAAGCAUAUGUGUAUGGCAGGGAACUAAUAAAGAUAAAAAGACUAUACUGAAGGUAGUUAAAGAACAUGCAGUAUCAUUAUCGAAACACAAAACUGGCUACAGACUUCUUCUCGCCAUAUUUGACUCUGUCGAUGAUACAGUUCUAGUCAAGAAAGCUAUUGUAUCCACAUUAGCUAAUAAUUUGAAGGAUAUCGCCAAAGAUCAUUGGGGCGUUAUGACCUUGCACUGGUUAGUGAAGCCAAAAGACUCUGCAACCUUCCACCCAAGUCUCAUAAAAUUUCUUCAAGAAGGGGCUAACAGUGGUACUUCCAAGAAAGAUAGUGAUAUCCGUACUUCAGAAUUGAGAGAAGCAAUUUUACCUGCUUUGAUGAAAGAUAUAGAGUCAGAUGCUGAGUUUUGGAUCAAUGAUAAAACUAUAAUGCUAUUGACUGUAGCAGUUUUAUCUAUAGAAUCAACUAAAGAAAUAGUAACUGCACUUUCGAAAGCUAUAUGUCGACCUGACUGGCGUAUAGAGCUGAAUGGAAAGGAACUACUAGCAAUAGAAGAUGCAGGCAUCCACAUGUGUCUUAAGAAAUUAGCCAGUUUAGACAAAGAUAGGAAUGAUUGUACACUUGGAGAAACCAUUGCAGAUAAUCUGAACCAAGAUACGCUAGCCACAUGGUUACCUACAAAUAGAGGAUGUUUCUUUUUAUUGAAGUUGAUUGAAAGCAACAAUGAGACCAUCGCUAACAAACUUGUAAACAAAAUCAAACCACACAGCAAUAUACUGAAAGUAAAGGAGUCAGAAGGGGCAAGAUUACUUAUGCAGAAAUUGAAGAAAUAAACUCAAUUCAAUAUAUAUUUUUAUUUGGUAAAUUAUAUUUAAUUACACCAGUAUACAUAUA